AUGCACUAUGAUGGCGAGACGGCUAAUUCUGGAAGGGAUAUAGCUAAUCUGUUUGCCACUUGCUUUAUGUUAGCUUAUAGUGUGCCCUCAACUGCUAAAAGACAAGUGGUUCUCCCACCAGUGAUGACUAGCACUUAUAGUAUUGAGGAAAUUUUAUUUUCACCGCGACAAAUUGAACUUGCCCUAAAGAAACUUGAUCCCGCAAAGGGUGCUGGUUCUGAUGGCAUACCUCCGGUGUUUCUAAUUCACUGUUCAGAGUGUUUGUCAUAUCCGCUUUUAUUGAUCUUUAAUGAAUCAUUGCGUCGAAGGGAAUUUCCUACAGUUUGGAAGAGAGCCCUUAUUGUGCCAGUAUUUAAGUCUGGUGAUGAUAAACUAAUAAAAAACUACAGGGCAAUUGCUAAAGUAUUCGAAUCACUUCUUUGUUCUAUUUUAUCCUGGCACAUUAAACAUUUUAUCACGGCUCGACAUUUUGGGUUCGUAAGGAAUCACUCGACUGCGUCGAACCUUGCUGAAUUCGUCUCAGAUAUUAGUCAGUCAGUAGACAAGAACAAUCAAGUUGAUACUAUUUACACCGACUUCAGCAGAGCUUUUGACAGAGUGGAUCGUGGUAUUCUGCUGACAAAACUGGCAGAGUAUGGCUUCGGGGAUGUAUUAAGUGAUUUUCUUCUUAUUUAUCAGAUCGAGUGGCAAGUGUAG